AUGACUGCCGAUGUCGGUGCGAUCGUGAUCGAUGAUGAUGAUGAUGACGAUGCUGGUACAUUCAGCAUCGCCAAUGACUUCCACAGUGAGGAAGAUCACGCCCUCACUGGUGAAGACAACGUUCUUUCAGCAGUGCACACGAAUCGCACUACUGUUGACAAGGAUGAAUCAGCAGAGGAAUUUCUGCUGACUCGCGAAGUGGUUGUCCGCUUUGUUCAAUACUCUAUUGCAGAUGCACUAGACAAGCAGAAAAGAAACGCAGCAAACAUGUAA